AGAAAUUUGAAAAGAGAAAAAAAAAAAAAAGAGAGAUCAAAUUAACAUGCAGUUCGCACUUCGCAGAGGCAAGUGCGUUUGCUUGCACGCAAAGGCUGCGAAAAUGAGUGAAACGCUGUCGUAUAAGUUGUGACAUAUUAAAGCUGAUGCUUUUAUUUAGGUUACGCACUUACACUUACAGUUAAGAAGAAGAAGAAGAAGGCCGAAGAAGUAUCAAAUUAACACAUUCUCGAUCGAGAAGAAGAAGAAUGUGGACGCGGAUACUCGCACGAGCAACACGUGCAGUUACCGUUGCCGGCAACUAUUCACCCAUUCACCAACGCAUCUGUGACCCUAUCUUUCUCAAAAUCCCCAAAUCAACUUUUCCCCAAAUUUUCAAUAACCCUCGAUUUUUGGUCACCUCCAACCUCGACAAUGAGCUCUCACCGGAUUCUUCAGUGAACAGCGGUGACAGACAGCUCGCAGAAGAAGGAGAAGGAGCAGGAGGAGGAGGAGACAGGUACGAGGUUGAUUCCGACAAAUUGGAAAGUGUGCUGCGUCUUCUCCAAACCAGCGCUGAUGGGUCCCUCGAGUCUUGUUUGGAUGAUAUUGAUUUGACACUGCACCAGCAAUUGGUAACGAAAAUAACCGAAACUCCGUUUGUUUUGAGUGAGAAUCUGAUAAGGUUUUUCUGGUGGGCAUGGAGUGAGAGAUCAUUGGGGGUGACAACCCCGAUGGUGGAGUCUCUUGUUUUGGCCAUAUGUGGAAAUGAUGUGAGGAAGAAAGAGGUGGUGUACUCGUUGUGGGACUUGGUUAAGGAGAUUGGAGAGAAGGAGAGUGGAAUCCUCAAUGUGAAGAUUCUCAAUGAGUUGAUUAGUUCCUUCUUGAGGUUGGGGAAAGGGAAGGCCGCAUUGGAGGUGUUUAAUAAAUUUGAGGCUUUUCACUGUGUUCCUGAUGCAGACACUUAUUACUUUACAAUUGAAGCGCUUUGUCGGCGGCGAGCUUUGGAUUGGGCUUGUGGUGUUUGUCAGAAGAUGGUUGAUGCGCAGAUAUUGCCUGAUGGUGAGAAAGUUGGCGCCAUUUUGUCUUGGUUGUGUAAAGGGAAGAAGGCUAAGGAAGCCCAUGGAGUUUAUGUGGUGGCAACGGAGAAAGGGAAACAGCCACCCGUGAAUGUGGUUAGCUUUUUGGUUGUGAAGCUCUGUGGAGAAGAUGAAACUGUGAAAUUUGCUCUGGAGAUGUUGGAGGAUAUCCCUGAGGAGAAGAGGGAACGAGCGAUAAAGCCGUUUUUGGCGGUUGUCCGGGCGUUGUGUAGGAUUAAGGAAGUUGAUAAGGCCAAGGAGUUGGUGUUGAAGAUGAUUGAGGAUGGGCCGCCGCCUGGGAAUGCUGUUUUCAAUUUUGUUGUUACGGCUUAUUCAAAGGCUGGGGAAAUGGGGAAAGCUGUGGAGAUGAUGAGGCUGAUGGAAAGUAGGGGCUUGAGACCAGAUGUGUACACUUAUACUGUUCUUGCUAGUGCUUAUUCAAAUGGUGGGGAGAUGGAAGAGGCACAGAAGAUCUUGGCAGAAGUAAAAAAGAAGCAUGCUAAGUUGGGACCUGUAAUGUUCCACACUCUGAUUCGUGGAUAUUGCAAGUUGGAACAGUUUGAUGAGGCUUUGAAGUUAUUGGCUGAGAUGAAAGAUUAUGGUGUCCAUCCCAGUGUUGAUGAGUAUGACAAGUUGAUACAGUCUCUCUGCUUGAAGGCUUUGGAUUGGGAAAUGGCAGAAAAGCUACACGAGGAAAUGAAAGAGAGUGGUUUGCAUCUCAAGGGCAUCACGAGGGGUUUGAUUAGAGCUGUCAAGGAGAUGGAGAAGGAGGUUGUGGAGGCUGGGAGCAUUACUGCAGCAGUGUAAACAUUGGUUGCUCUUUGAGACUCAUACACAGACACACCAAGAAGAAGGCUGUUUACAAGUGGAAUACAUAGAUGCAAAAGGCUUAGUUAGUUGCUUACCGUAUUUGCUGUAUUUGGUUGAUUGAGAUUCUCUUUCAAUGAGUAGGGAGUUGAUCACGAUUCUGAAUCCAAAAGGCUGCCUUGGAUUUUGGUAACUAUGUGGAGGGGAAAUAUGGAGGUGGUUUUGUGUUCGCAAUAUGUUUUUCUAUGCUUAACAAAGUGCUGUAUUGAUGCUUUUUUUGGGUGUGGAGGUUUAUGGUCUCUAUCAGGAUGCGGCUCAAGCAGUUGGUGUGCAGGUGAAUUCGUGGGCUUAAUGUGUGUAUAAAGUGAAGCUUCUACUCAUAUUAAACAGACAGCAGAUAUUGGAGGUUAUUACUUUAAUUAAAUUAAUGAAUUUGAUUUUGUAUUAGUAGAUUAUCAUUUCAGUUUGGUCCAGCGGGGGAGGAGGAUAUGAGGCAAUGGAUGACUGUUCGAGGCUCUAUACUGGUUUUGUUUUAUUUCAAAGGGACUUCGUUUUAUUUAGUUGAAAUGGUUAUCAGGUGUUUACUGUUUUAUUUUGGGUAGUGUGGAAUGUUCUAUGUACUCGGGUGAUUAUAAAACAUACAUGGCGAUGGCUUUUAGUGAGUGGGUUUUAUGUUUACUGCAUGAUGGGUACUGGUUUGUAGUGGUCACUGUUUUGUGAACCUUUUUCAAAUGUACUCAUGCUGCUCAACUCAAGCCAUAUUAAUAAAAGUAAUUUGCCUAUAAAAA